UUGUGAAAGGGCGGGGUGAAGGCAGGAGAUGAAAGAACAACUAGUAGAGCUUCUUGGGCGUAGUUUGGUUGCCAGAGUAACCAGGAAACUUGAAAUACGUUGAGAGCUUCCUGCGCGGUAACUGACUAGUAGAUUCGUGGUAUUGGAGGCCUUGACGCCAUGAAUGUUGCUGAACGAUACGUUUUUGUGGUAGAAUGGUAUGAUCCAAAUGCUUCACUUCUGCGACGUUAUGACCUUUUAUAUUACCCUGUGGAUGGAUCUGUUGAAAUGCAUGAUUUAAAGAAUCAUCGUGUCUUUCUGAAGCGAACUCCAUAUGAGAGUGUGCAUCUACAAGAUUUGUUCAUUGGUAAUAGAGUGACUAUUUUUUCCCGACAACUGCAUCUGAUUGACUAUGGAGAUCAAUACACAGCCCGCCAAUUGUGCAAUAGAAAAGAAAAGACCCUAGCAUUACUUAAACCAGAUGCAGUACCACAUGCUGGAGAGAUAAUUGAUAUGAUAAAUAAAGCUGGAUUUAAAAUAAGCAAACUCAAGAUGAUGAUGCUUUCAAGGAAAGAAGCAACAGAUUUUUAUGUUGAUCAUCAAUCAAAGCCAUUAUAUAAUGAGCUUAUCCAGUUUAUUACAAGUUGUCCUGUUAUUGCUAUGGAGAUUUUAGGAAAUGAUGCUGUCAAUGAAUGGAAGAAAUUAAUAGGACCUGCAAACCCUUCUGUAGCUCGUACAGAUUUUCCUGAAACCAUUAGAGCAAAAUUUGGAACAGAUGGUGUAAGAAAUACAGUUCAUGGUCCUGAUUCUUUUGCUAUUGCUGCCAAGGAAUUGGAGUUGUUCUUUCCCUCAAGUGGAAGUGGUGGCCCAGUAAACACUGCAAAAUUUACUAACUGUACUUGCUGCAUUAUUAAACCUCAUGCUAUUAGUGAAGGGCUAUUGGGAAAGAUCCUAAUUGCCAUCCGAGAUGCAGGCUUUGAAAUUUCAGCUAUGCAGAUGUUCUAUAUGGAUCAAGUUAAUGUUGAAGAAUUUUAUGAAGUUUAUAAAGGAGUAGUAGCUGAAUUUAGCGAUAUGGUGACAGAACUGUAUUCUGGUCCUUGUGUAGCAUUAGAGAUUCAACAAAAUAAUACUACAAAGACAUUCCGUGAAUUCUGUGGACCUGCUGAUCCUGAAAUAGCUCGUCAUCUCCGCCCUGGAACUCUCCGAGCUAUCUUUGGGAAGAACAGAAUUCAGAAUGCUGUUCACUGUACUGAUCUGCCUGAGGAUGGUCUUUUAGAGGUGCAAUAUUUUUUCAAGAUCUUGGAAAAUUAGCAAUAUUAAAAGUGGAUCAGUAACAAAAUGGAACCCUGGAGACAAGAGCAAAGCACACACAUUAAGUUAUGUGUUCAUUCAUUUAUUGUCCAUUGUUUUAACCUGACUGAAUACAAGAUCAACAAGAGCACUGUACUCCUGGCAAUUAUUACAUAUGUUAGAACAUAGAUUUUGCACUUUAGACAACAUUUAACACCAGUCUAUGGGGUACUGCAUUGCUUUUUAUAAAGUUCAAAAUAAAGAUUUAUUUUCAAACAA